CGGCCAAAUUUGAACCGCGAGGAGCCAAAGGUUUCUUUUGCUGACAAAUAGUACACUAUAUAACCCUUUCAUUUGGAUUGAAGCUUUUGACAACACAUACAAAAUGUCUUCCAAUUACGAAAUUUUCUACUUUGAACUCCAUGGCUUGGCUCUGACUACAAGAGCUUUGCUCUCCAUCGGCGGCUUUGAAUGGAAUAAUAGAUUCCCAAAGAACUGGAAGGAAGAGGAAAAGGCCACCACUCCCCUCGGAAAGUUGCCAGUACUAACAGAAACUAGAGCUGAUGGUAGUAAGUUCGUCCUCGCUGAAAGCAACGCCAUCAAUCGCUAUAUCGCACGUAAGGCUGGCCUUUACGGCAGCAGCGAAGAUGAAACUGCUCUCAUUGAUCAGUUCUAUGAAAGCUGGACUGAAAUCAUUGCAAAGGGUCUUCCGGUUAUGAGAUUGAAGGGCAGUGAACCUGAAAAAUACACCGAACAACUUGCAAUCUACCAUGAAACUGUUGUGGGUCCCAUCCUCGCGAAGCAUGAGGAAGCUUUGCAAAAGAAUGGCACUGGCUACUAUGUCGGUAGCAAGCUUUCUCUUGUUGAUGUUCACGCUACUGCCAUUGUCACCGGUCUUGGCAGCCUCGUUGGAGAUGAAAGUUCAUACCCCCAUCUUUGGAAGUUGGCCCAAAACGUGCGUUCAUUGGAUGCUGUCAAGGCAGAAGUUGAACGCUUCCCCAUCCGCCCAUAAAUAGUUUUGUUCUUCCUUCUGAAAUAAAACAUGUUUUUGAUUUGAUUUCUUAUUUUUUGCAUCAAACAAGUCAGCCUGUUUAAACAAUUUUAACAGC